UGAUUAACGGGAGGAAUAAGGUGUGGUCAGGCUCCUCAUAAACCGGCUCUGAAUCUACUUUGUCAGCGUAGGCGGCGGUGGUGACGAAUAGGAAGGUGCUAUUCAUAACAUGAUAAUUACGCAAGGAAACGGGAGCGCUGUGUGACCAUAGCGGAACAGCCGAUCAACAUGACGGAAAGCACCGCCAGCAAACCUUUGAAUGGAGAGACUUGUCUAUGGACUAGUAAUGGCAAAAAACCAGGAAGGAAUGGCUUCGUGAAAACACACUGCCUAUUCCAACAGCAGAAAUGCCGUCGUCCCCAGGAGAAUCACAAUGUUUGGCACAAUGCAUCAGUCUACAAUAAGCCAUUUGUGGAGUCGUUUGAGGAGACACCUCUGCUUGUGGCUGUGCUCACGUACAUGGGCUAUGGCAUUCUUACUCUCUUUGGGUACCUGCGGGAUUUUCUGCGGGACUGGAAUUUUGAGAAGUGCCACGUGGCCAAGGAGAGAGACGAGCAGAAGGACUUUGUUCCUUUGUAUCAGGACUUUGAGAACUUCUACACAAGGAAUUUGUACAUGAGGAUCAGGGAUAACUGGAACAGGCCAAUAUGCAGUGUGCCAGGGGCCAGGAUGGAUGUUAUGGAGCGUGUGACCCAUGAUUACAACUGGACUUUUAAGCACACUGGAACAGUGUUGUUUGAUGUUAUCAACAUGGGCUCCUAUAACUACCUGGGAUUUGCAGAGAAUUCUGGUCUUUGUGCAAAUGCAGCAGUAGAGGCCGCAAUGAAGUACGGCUUGGGCGUGUGUGGCACAAGGCAUGAGAUAGGAAAUCUGGACAAACAUGAAGAGCUUGAGAAAUUAGUGGCCAGAUUCCUGGGUGUUGAGUCCUCCAUGGUGUUUGGUAUGGGUUUUGCCACCAACUCAAUGAAUAUUCCAACUCUUGCAGGCAAAGGCUGCCUGAUUCUGAGUGAUGAGCUAAACCAUGCCUCUCUGGUAUUAGGGGCACGUCUGUCUGGUUCCACUAUUCGGGUCUUCAAACACAACAAUAUGCAGAGCCUGGAGAAGUUACUGAGGGAUGCUAUAGUACACGGCCAGCCCAGAACCCACCGACCCUGGAAGAAAAUUCUCAUUCUAGUUGAAGGAAUUUACAGUAUGGAGGGCUCAAUAGUGCGUUUGCCUGAGGUCAUUGCCUUGAAGAAGAAAUAUAAAGCCUACCUGUACUUGGAUGAGGCCCACAGCAUUGGAGCUCUAGGACCAGGGGGCAGAGGUGUGGUGGACUACUUUGGUUUGGACCCAUGUGAUGUUGACAUCAUGAUGGGCACCUUUACAAAAAGCUUUGGUGCUGCUGGUGGCUACAUAGGAGGAAAUAAGGAGUUGAUCGACUACCUGCGCACACACUCUCACAGUGCAAUUUAUGCAACAUCCAUGUCUCCUCCAGUGGCCCAGCAGAUUAUCACUUCCAUGAAAUGCAUCAUGGGGGAGGAUGGCACAACAUUAGGUCAAGAGAGACUCUGUCAGCUUUCCAAGAACACAACCUACUUUCGUAGGAGACUCCAGGAAAUGGGUUUUAUUAUCUACGGGAACAACGACUCACCUGUGGUGCCCCUGAUGCUCUACAUGCCUGCUAAAAUUGGAGCAUUUGGCAGAGAGAUGUUGAAGAGGAACAUUGGCACAGUGGUGGUUGGAUUCCCUGCCACACCCAUAAUCGAAUCCAGAGCACGCUUUUGUGUGUCUGCCGCUCAUACCAAAGAGAUGCUGGACACUGCACUAAAUGCCAUUAGUGAAGUCGGGGACCUGUUGCAGCUGAAGUACUCUCGACAUGCCUGGCCAAGCGAUGAAGAAACCAACCACUUUUCAUAUCUAGAUAGCCAUCAGGACUAACCCAAUCAGUCUGCCAUCUGAAAGGUGCACUGACCACAUAUCAGACUGUUCAUAGGCCACUAAUGGAACACAACAAAGUUGCGUUUAUGGGAUGGAUGCAUCAAAAUGUGCCCUAUUAACAAAUCAGAUGUUGAGUCUUUUUUGGUACCCUAUAAUAGUACCCUAGUAAUAGCAAUACCCGUAGUAACAUAAACAAACAGGCCUUUGGUUUUUGGAAUUUGGAAGCAAAGGUUUUUUUUUUUUUUGGCUUCUGCUUUCAACCAGAGCUUCUCUUGAGGCAGAAACAUACGUUUUACCAAUGAAAUAUGCAUUUUGUUUGUUCUAGUAAUAUUAUUUAUUACAAAGAGAAAUCCUGUAAAUGUCAGUGAAUAUAGAGCAAACAACUGUAUUACAGAGAUGGAUAAGAAUGUAACAUUUUACAUCUACAGAAGCAUAUAGAUGGCAUUGCAACACUAUCUUGUUGUUUCAGCUGGUAAUCUGUAAAAUGUUUAUGUUAUUAGAAUCUUUUCAUAAUGAAAUAUGAAAUACUGUGGUUUUGUUUAUUGGAUUAUUUUAUAUUAAGCCUAAUUGAACUGUCAAAGCAUAAUUAGUGAUUAGGAGCUAAAUAUGACCUUACACACCCAUAAGUCAUAAUUUGAAAGGUUCUGCAGAGAGAAGCAUGGUAAUACAAUAUUAAAGAAAGGCAGACAACCUAUAUAAAUUAAUUGUUGUGGCAUCUCUAAACAUCUCUGAACAUCUCUAAGGAUGUUACCGGAGAAAUUAUGAAUGCACAAAUUUAUGCGUUUUACCGACCACAUAUGUUUCUAGGUCCAUUAAUCUCCAUGUCCUGGCAAAAUUUCAGAAACAGUGCAUAGGUUAUUUAUUUAUUUUUUUAAUAGCUGCAAUACCUUUGUUAUAGAAUAUUAGAACUGGAAACUGGAAUGUACUGUUUUCUACAACUUCUGACUCUCUUUUGUUUGUUCACAUACUUGAGUGCAUAAUACUGACUGGCACUCACAGCUAGAAGUCACUGAAAAGGCUUCUCUAAAUUCCAAUUGCAAAAUAUAAACACACUUUUUUCCCUCAUUUCCGAACCUUUUCUGCUAUAUAUUAAUAUAAACUUGAUUAGGCUUGAUUAGGUCUUCAAAGGCACAGUGGCAUGCUAUUUCCUCAUCUUUCCUCAAUGAAUUGCUUACUGAGGAGUGUAGUGUCAAAUUUACAUGCUCCACCUGUGUGUAUGAUGAUAUGUUAGAGAUCCCAUCGGAUAUACAGGAUCUCUCUAUUUAUUAAUGAUGUUUGUUCCUUCUACUCCCUUUAAAGGAAGCCUAAUUAUUAGUUUUGGUAUCAGCUCUAUUUAAGAUAAUAGAAGUGUAUGACAGUGCACCCACUACUGAUGACGUGACGUUAUGGCACGGGAAUAUGAUGUAGGCACAGAAGCUGCAUGUAGUACAGACCUUCAUAAGGACACUGCUGUUUUUAAUGGAAGAAGGAAAAACAAAGGGCAUUCCACAUUUGUCUGACUGUAUGUUUUGCACUCAGUUCAAGAUUUACUUUAUGGACCUGAGGCAGAUACAAAUGAUGAUUUAUGUGUCUCAUGCACUUUUUGUCACAGAAGCUUUGAUGUUUGUCAAAUGUCACUUUUGAAACAAACCAUUCUGUUACAAGGAACUAAACAAAAUUAAACAAUGUUAAACAAA